UUCUUCUGUUUUUAGGCAAUUUUCAUGAUUCCUACCAAUCCGCCUCCAACGUUUCGGAAGCCAGAGCUCUGGUCAGAUGCUUUCACAGACUUCGUGAGGCAGUGUCUUGUCAAGAGCCCUGAGCAGCGUGCUACUGCAACACAGCUUCUGCAGCACCCAUUUGUUAAAAGUGCCAAAGGAGCAUCAAUUCUGCGCGAUUUGAUCAACGAAGCAAUGGAUAUCAAACUGAAACGCCAAGAGGCACAACAGCGUGAGCUGGAUCAAGAAGAUGAAGAAAAUUCAAACACACCUUAUAGAAACUUUGUACUACACAAGAGCAACCGCCAGAAGUAUGAGGAAGAAGAUGAAACUGAUUCAGGUACCAUGGUGAGGGCGAGUGGAGAUGAAACUGGUACCAUCAGAGUGGUCAACACAAUGAGUGAUGGAGCCAAUACCAUGAUAGAACACGAUGGCACCUUGGAAUCCCAGUUGGGUACAAUGGUCAUAAACACCGAAGAUGAAGAGGAGGAGGGCACCAUGAAAAGGAGGGAUGAAACGAUGCAGCCAGCCAGACCAUCAUUCCUGGAAUAUUUUGAGCAGAAAGCAAAGGAGAAUCAAGUCAAUAGCUUUGGGAAGAAUGUGUCUGGCCAGACAAAAAACUCAUCUGAUUGGAAAGUACCACAGGAUGGAGACUACGAGUUUCUGAAGACGUGGAGUGUGGACGAGCUGCAGAGGAGGCUGUCGGCGCUGGACCCCAUGAUGGAGCAGGAGAUUGAGGAGAUCCGCCAGAAGUACCAGUCCAAGCGGCAGCCCAUCCUCGAUGCCAUCGAAGCCAAGAAGCGGCGGCAGCAGAACUUCUGAGCCACGGGUAGAAUGUCCUUCCAGCCUCCAGCAAUCAGCUCCUUGCUUCUAUGACUACUAAACAGGUUGAUUUCUAUUGAAAUACGCUAGCAAAAUAGAGGGCAAUACUUCUGCUCAUUUAUUUUUCCAUAGCACCUUUGUGAACUCAGGAAUGCCAUUAAGUGGAGAAUCCUUGUGGUGUGUUUUAAUUUAGGCACAUAUUUAAAGCAGUAUCCGAAGGAGUUCUGUUACUGUUUUUAGAUGGAUUAUUUUUAAAUCAGAUGAGUGGAUAGAAAUAGACCAAUGGAAGAUGGCUCACUCUCUUUUCAACUGAACCUUUCCAUACUCCGUUUUCUUUAAGUUAAUAUGAAUUGUGUAUUUAAUGGCUGCAUCUGUUGUGGGGUUGUUAUUUUUUUUAUUGUUUUUGUUGUUCUUUGUGAAUGCACAGACUCUGUUUCAAGCUGAUGACUGUAUGGUUCUGCUGUUAAGGUACUGAUAAGUUUUGAUAAGUCGCUGAAGAGAGUAGAUGAGAACACCUACAGACUGUCCCAGCUGUUUGGAAGACACUUAGAUCUCAUUUUUAAAAAGCCUGUAAUAAGCCCCAUGCCUUACACUUUGUGCUUUGAUCGAGUGGGAUUUCUUCAAGCACUUGGUUUUGUCCUUUGCUUAUGUACAUUAGGAAUUAAUGUGAGUAGAUGAAGUGUGUUGUGCCUCCAGGAGAAGUUACAUUCUGUAAUUUAAAACCCACUUUGACUUAAGGCCAAAAGCCAAUCGAUGAUCUGACCUAAAACAAAGCAGAUUCUCCUUCGCCUGUCCCUUUGGAAAUGUCCUUUUGCUGACAGCAGAGUGCUGGGAGGGCACGGUGUGUGAAUGGGUGGAAGUUGGGUGAACCUCUCUCAGAAUUUGGUACUUCUGCUGUGUCUGAGAGCUCUGAAAGGACUCUGCAGUUUGUGAAAUAUUUCAUACGCUUCUUCAUUUCAAAUUUACCUCUUUAGGUGCUGGAAUAAAAACUUCACAAUACUUCACGUUUCUGCCAGGCUUAGCACAUCAAAAAGUUAAACAGAAAGCAGACAUUCGUUGGGUUAUCAGAGAUGUGCGUUGUUGGAUGGAGUGGAGGCAAAGCUGAUCCAGAGAGGCCAAUGGCUGUUGUCCCAAUAGCCAAUGUCUGGGAAGAGAUUCAUUCUCUUCCAGUCCCUCUGGGUGCUCCUUUCUCAUUAAAUUUCCCAGCAUGGGUCUGUGGCUGAAGAUGCCCUGCAUGUACAAUCACUGAGGAUGGUGCACUGAAGCAGCAUGAGGUGAGCCCAGAUCUGGGCACAGAGUGAGUGAUGCCUCUGCACAGCUUUAGGUGUACCUAGCUUAUGGUGAAAUACUUGGACAGAACCACGUAUUCCUACCAAUUUGUUUUUGUUAUGCUCUGAUGGAGAGAAGAGUUUCCUUGCAAUCCUCUGAAAUAGGCCUUGGUACUUCCCGCAGGUAAUCAAACUAAACAGCACUGUCUCCUGAAUCAAAUGCUGCUCAUUCCAUGCCUGGAAAGGCUCUUGUUCCCUGCUUGCAGCAGACUGCUGACUAUUGUUAACAGGUAUACUCCAUUGCUGUGAAAGGAACCAAGCCAUUUGUACCCCCCUGCAGAUCUGGCUGCAUCGGUUUGUCCCAGUGUGAGCAGCACUGUUCUGCCAAGCCUGCUUUGUACCUCUGGUGGGCACAGGGAUGUGGCACGUGGCAAACGUGCACUGCUGGGUGUAAUAUCGGUCAGGCAGAUCCUGCUGGGAGUAGUUUUACCUCUGCACUGUGUAGGUAACUUUCUGGUCAUCGUAGGGCAUUAGAAAACCUGAGUUUUAGGUGAAGCACCACAUUGUGGUGUGUGCUUUUGGAAUAUGCAACCUGUGUCUGCUGUAACUGAAUGUAAGCACUGUUGUGAUGCUCUGCUUUGCUGGUGUGAUUGUCUUAAAAUACAGCAAAUGAACCAAAAUAAGUAAAACUGGCCCAGCUGCCUUUGAACCUUUCUUACAAGCUUGCGGUGGCUGAGGCUUGAUGAUAUUUCUUGCACUUGGAGUUUAUCCUUCACUGAUUAUCAAGUAGAGAGAAAUUAAUUCCCUUUUUGAUCCCCUUGUAGAGCAUUGUAUCCUCUCAGUUCUCAGAGCCCCACCGACUAAGACCAAGGCUCACACCCUCCAGGAGAGCUGUUCUGACAAGGUUUUUAAGCAAAACAGUUGCUUAAUUGUGAAGCUGCAUUCAAGUGCUCCUUGGGCCCAUCUGCAUUGCUGAAAGCGUUCUGGACAAACGGUGAUCUUUGUUUCUGAAACCCAGAGAUGCUGAUGAUGUCAGUCACAUGAGAUUUAAUAAUGUGAAGUUUGUAGCUUUAACUUUUUUGUAACAAAUUAGCAACACUGGCAUAAAGUGCUGACUUGAAAUGCUAUUUUGUAAGGUCUGCCUGUUUGUAUAUACUAGUGUUGGGUCUUUAGUUUAUAUAUGUAUGAAAUAGUAACUUUUAUUGCAUUCCUCUGAGUUUGAUACAGGAAAUUGUGUUUGAUCUUUCUCAACAUUUCUUGCCUUAUUUGUUUAAAAGGGCAAAUAAACUGUCCUUACGGAAA